UAGCACUAGGAAGUGAUGAGCUGUCUGACAGUUCUCUUGUUUGGUAAGAUGGUGAACAUUACGAUAAUGGUGCGGUGCUGAUACUACGACGGGCCGGUACAAUCCACAGUUGUGUCGUCCUCUGAAACGUGAUGGGUUACCGAUUGUAAUGGCCACUGAAGUGGAUGGUUUUACGCUCUGUGUGACGUUACCAGCUUAACAGGCUUUCCAGUGUACCCAGUGUGGUUAGCUCAUCUUGAAUAUUCUGUCUGGAUCAACCACUCAUCAUCAUCUCAGCAGUCAUUCUGCCUGUCAGAGAUGGACCAUGGAGCGGAAGUGCAAGUUGAAGCUGCUCCAUACUGCUGCCCCACUUGUGAUGAACGGGGCCAAAGCCUGGUGCGAAGAAAUACAAAAACACGCAGCCUGAGCACCUCCUCAGCAAGCAGCUCUUCAGAGUACAGGAGAACACAGUCUCUUCAUGGACCAAGCCCUGUGACUACAUUUGGCCCAAAGGCAUGCAUGCUCCAGAAUCCACUCGCUGUAAUGCACAUCCAGGACCCUGCAAGCCAAAGACUAACGUGGAACAAGCCACCAAAAAGUGUCCUUGUCAUCAAAAAGAUACGAGAUGCCAGUUUACUUGAGCCUUUCAAAGAGCUCUGCAUUUUCCUCACUGAGGUGAAAGGGAUGGUUGUUUAUGUGGAACAGAAAGUUCUUGAAGACCCAGCUAUUUUAGGCGAUGAAAACUUUGGAGCUAUUACAAAGAAAUUCUGCACUUUCAGAGAAGAUCUUGAUGAUAUCUCAAAUCGAGUGGACUUUAUCAUCUGUCUUGGUGGGGAUGGGACUUUGCUUUAUGCAUCUUCGCUUUUCCAGGAGAGUGUUCCACCAGUUAUGGCCUUCCACCUGGGGUCCUUGGGUUUUUUGACACCUUUGAAGUUUGACACCUACCAGUCUCAGGUCACACAAAUGAUAGAAGGUAAUGCUGCCAUUGUCCUGCGAAGUCGUUUGAGAGUCAGAGUAUUUAAAGAGAACUGGGAUAAGAAGGCCAGACUGGAUGAAAAUGGAAUCAUCCUGACUAAUGGGGACAUGGAUAGUCGACGAAAGCCUCUACAAUAUCAGGUUCUAAAUGAGGUGGUGGUGGACAGAGGCCCCUCCUCCUAUCUCUCCAAUGUUGACCUCUUCUUAGAUGGACACCUCAUCACCACUGUGCAGGGAGAUGGUGUGAUAGUAUCUACACCUACAGGAAGUACAGCAUAUGCGGUUGCAGCUGGGGCUUCCAUGAUCCAUCCCAAUGUCCCUGCAAUUAUGAUCACUCCCAUCUGCCCGCACUCUCUCUCAUUCCGGCCCAUAGUGGUGCCUGCUGGAGUUGAGCUCAAGAUCAUGCUGUCACGGGAUGCCAGAAACACAGCCUGGGUGUCACUGGAUGGAAGAAAGAGACAAGAGAUCUGCCAUGGAGACAGUAUUACCAUCACCACUUCCUGCUUCCCUGUUCCUUCCAUCUGUUUACGGGACCCGGUUAAUGACUGGUUUGAAAGCCUUGCCCAGUGUUUACAUUGGAAUGUGAGGAAGAAGCAGAACUACCUGGAGGAGGAAUUCUGAGGCCUUUCCCAUCAUCUUUUCCAAAGUUCCCAGGGCGCCCAAGGUUGAAGCCUGACCCUACUUUGCCUUUUGUUGUCUAUGGAUGUGAGAUCUUUCCAAACUUUAUUCAACAAAGUCUGAACCUGAAAAUAUUCCACUGAAUACUUGAAGAAAAAAAGACCAAACAACACUGCAUCAGUCCUUAGUUUGCCCUUUCAGUCCAAAAAUUAUGUGGAUACUAUUUAAAAAGUUUUUUAAUUGGUAAUAGUUAAUUAAUAUUACAGCAAUAACUGAUAAGUACAGUAUAAAAUUAGGUAUUUUUUCUUACCUUUAUUAAACUUUUUUCAUUAUUCUUGUAAAUGACAAAAUCAAUUUAUUUGAUUAUUAUUAUUAUUACAGUUCAAAAAUUGUUUCAAAUUACAUUCAUCCAAAAGUAUUUUUUAUUUCACAAUGAUUUCACAACGUUUCAUAUAAAAUGCUCCCUUUCUGUGACAGUGGGGAGUGUCAACAUGGCAAACCAGCUUGCAUUUGUUAAAUCAUGACAAUCCAGACACAUUUUGCUGCAGAAAACAAACACAGUGAAUGGACACAAAGAGUAACCUUUGAUAUUUUUAUGUUAGAGGUUGCAAAUAUUGCAUGGCUACCUGACUAACCAACUUGGUUGGCUUGUAAACUUUGAUUUGGACAUAGUUCUUCAUACUGAUUAAAGUAAAAGCAGGUACUAAUGGCAGCAGCAAGAUGGUUAAUUCACAGUUAAUUUGUUAGGAGUGGGGUCUUUGAUUACUUAGUUAAACAUCUUAGAGAAGUGCCUGUAUUAUGAGACGCUACAUCUCUGUUGUCCAUCAUCAUUGUAGUCAACAGGAGCUAGUAGCAAGUUGUUUGACUAUUCAAGUGAAGGAAUAAAGAAAUAUUUUUUAUUACCCCAGGAAGAAUAGUUGAGAAACUAAUUGAGAUCCACUGUAAAUAAGUAGAAUAUGACUCGGUGGUCAAGUUGGUCAUCUCUCAACUGGAAGUUUGGGGUGAUUCCCGGCUCUUGCAGUCAUAUGUUGAAGUGUACUUGGGCAGGACACUGAACCCCAAACUACUCCCAUGGGUGUGAGUGUGCAUCAAAGGGAUUAGAUAAUGCUGAUGGAUGCUUUACAUAGUAGCCUCUGUGAGUGAAUUGAUGAGUGGGACCUGGUGUGUAAAAAGUGCUUUGAGAAGUCUGGAGAAGAGAGAAGAGCUAUACAAGCUCAAGUCCAUUUACCAUCCAUUUUUAAAACAAACUGGAAUGAAACAAAGUUUACUAGGAUUAUAAAAUUCUAAAAGACAGUUUAUUAACAUUAGUAGAACUCUAAUAUACAUGUAUAAUUAUUUCACAAUAUAUUGGGCACUAUAAUUUGGUUCAACAUUCGGAAUUUGAAGCACCAAGCUCACUUGUGCCACCAUGAAGACAGCACUAACAAAUGUGUACUAUGCACAUUCGUAUGACUAUCAUCAUUAAAAUGUAUACUACAAGCUAUUCCCAAAAAUAUGUAUUUCUGUUUGUGUGAGCAUAUCAGAAUGGUGGCUUGUUGAAUGGAGUUUGGAUCCACUUUUGGUCUAGGGCUGUCUAUUUGAUUUUUUUUUUUUCUUGUGUACACUAUUAAGGUGGAAUCGCCUGGGUUCAAAAUGCAGUCUAGAUUUUUUACCCUUUUUUCAUAAACUUCACCAAAACAAAAAGCAGGUUUUGGAUGAUUUUGGACAAAAUCGGUCAGAUGUGGAUGCCAUAUGUUGCAAUACUCUUGGUGGGUGUUAUCAGAACAGCGCUUUUUAAUCUUUUAAGAUGAAUGGCAGGGACACAUCCACUACUUUAUAAGCAACAAACGCUGGUUUUGUUUUUAGAAUGUGUUGUAAUUUCUAGAAAACUCUGAUCUAAGUCAGGCUUUGUUUUACUUCUCAAAUUUUGUUAAUCAUAUCAGAAAAAAUAUGUGGAUAUACCAUCAACUAAUGAGAUUUAAGUUCAUUUAUUUUUUAGGUCUGAUAUGAGGAACAGAAAAUUUACAGUACAUUUUAUGGCGUAAUGUACGGACUGUGCCUUAUACAUUGGUAUAGUUAAAGUAAAGAAAUGUAUUUUUUGUAAUAACAGAGUUGCACCAUUCUGUGAUUUUUUUUGUAUUUGCAUUAUAACCACAGUUGAUUGUUGUCUUUGCUGUCUGAAGCACAUAACACUUGAUUAAUUGAAUUGUGAAAUAUGUUUGCAGAGUCUCUUUUCUGCAGUUAGGUUGUCGAUGCUUAGGAGGACUUUCAAGGUCACACUUGUUCCAGGCGAGAGACCACAGUUCAGACAUCUUAACCAUAUUUUUAAUGUGCGUUAUUUAAUUUUCCUUUAAGCCAUAGCUUAAUUCUAUGUACUGCAGGUCUCAUAAACUAAUGUGUGUUGAUUUCAUGGUCUUUGUGUUUAAGUUGGUGACUGCAAUUAUUUAGCAGCUUUAUGCCACCAUUCCAAUGAGUUGGCAACUACUCUGUCACUGGGCAGUCUUAGCGAAUUUUCUAAGGUAACUUGGCUUACAUAUCUAUUCAGAUAUUAAAUGUAGAUGUUAAUAUAUAGAUUGUGAAUUAGCUGAAAAAAAUGAUAGAAAAUGAACAGAUGUUUCAUCUGUUGUAUUUUUCAAAUGGACCAACUGCUGAGUUUUAAGACAAUCAUUCCUUUAACAGAUUUUAUACAUGUAUUGUAAUUGUUGAAGAAUGUAUUUUGUAAAGUCUAUAUGUUUAUUAGCCAGUUUACAAUUGAUCCUUACUGAAAAUAAAUGUUUUUGGUCAUUUUUAACUUUCUUAAGUCAUUCAAUUCAUAGAAAAAGGAUGUCAUAACAGUUCUGAUCUUCUGCUUUCAUUUAAAAGUACAAUAGUUCAAUACUUUUUGUAAGAUUUCGUCAGACAAGAAAUAGUAGUUUAACUUCAAAUGAUGGUCUUGCACUUUAGUUUGAAAUCUUGCUGAGAACUGUUAUAGCAUGUUUCAAAAUCUUGGUCUAAACCCCAGUUCAACAAUAAACCUCGGCCAUUACUUCUUUUUGCUGUGAAGUAUAAUUAACUCUUCUCUCAAACAGCUUUCAGUUUUGUAACUCUGAGAGCGUGCUGACUCUGACUUUUGUAUUGAUCAUUUUGGUAAUUUUUCUAUUUUGACUCCUAAUAUUUUCUUUCAGAGCACUGUAAUAAACAAGGAGAACAUUUGAA